GGCAAUCCGCACAAUUCUGGGAGCGGAGUGGAGUGGUCCAUGCAGCGGAGGGAUUUUCCAUGCUGCUCUUAUAUGGACACGCGACACCCGCACGCGAUGGUGCUCAAAGCAAGUCAGCCCCGUAUUAUUGAGGCUGUGAUGUUUCGCAACGAAGAGAUCGCUGUUGGUCACUCCUUGUUCUAGUUCCACUGACUUUCCUACUCCUUUCCAGCCUCCCUUGGAUUAUCUCUGCGCGUUUACGACUUACGAUCAUACGGCCGUCUUCUAUCCCAAUGCGAUGCAGGUCAAUCUGCUCGCGCCUCUUCAGGUCAUUCUGAGGCCGAAGAACCAGUUUGCCUUGUUUUUUGUCAGCUAUUUUACCGCCAAACUACUACAUCUUGGGAGUCACGCAGGGUCAUUGCCGAUUCUUCUUUAUCUCCUUUAUUUUCCUACAUUUCUACUACCAGAUGUUCUCUUGCUUGUCAUAAGCAAGGUUCUCAUUUAUAGACACAAUGGUAGCCAACCGUCUACCAUCCGGAGAUCAAUUGGAGCAUUUCUUGCUCUAUUCACCGCAGGAUGCUCUGCCGCACAAAUCUCAUUCUUCGUGGAAACGGGGGGUGAGAUACAGUGGAUGGCGGCCAGCAGAGUCUUGGGAGGCAGUGGAGGCCUCGGUCUGCUUUUAUCUGGAUUGCCUGCAUUAACCGUAGCCUUUGCAAUUUUGUACAGCAUUGCCUGGGUCAUUGCACCUAAAUUCCACGACGCCAUCGAGCAUGUGCUGGACACGAUUGCUUGCUCAUUUCAACAGAGUUAUCGUCUUACAAAAAAAGCUCCAAAAGCCACGGAAGAUGAGGAGUUGCUCAUACCUCUGGAGGAGCAUGCUCAACCGCCGAGUGCUCAGGAACAGCGUGCCACUAGUUGCAAAGCUUCUCCCAGUACGCCAAGAGCUAUCGCUGUAUCGUUUACGACCCUCACUCUCAGCAUCGUGGUCCUGGUGUUACAGCUGGUCCGACCGAAAUCACCGCCGUACGCUCACAUGUCUGGAUCGCUUCCCGUGACUCUCAUAGAGGCAUCGCUGUUCCAGCCCAUCGAUUCUGAGUUUUGUCUAACUCAUCCCAUCGAGCGUGUACUGUUUCCUUGGGAACAGUUUGCGGAAUUCUUUGGCCAGCCUGAAUCUUUGGACUGGAUGCCUCGUUCAGCGACGUGCGAUAGAUCAAACGGGCCUGGACCUCCACCAUGGGCUGAAACUCCCAACUGCGAUGCUCCCAAUAGCUGCGCGCCAAUGCCGCCUCCUGGUCCUGGGGAUCAUGGUCCUCCUGGUCCUGGGGAUCAUGGUCCUCCUGGUCCUGGGCAUCAUGGUCCUCCCCCUGGGCAUCAUGGUCCUCCCCCUGGGCAUCAUGGCCCUCCUCCUCCGCAUGGACACCACGGCCCACCACCCCCAUUCCCAGAUCGCCCAAGAUCGUCAAUGCCGGAUGCACGCCAUGGCUUCCCACACGAUGGCCCGCCGAGGCAUCACGGCCAUACAGGUGCAUACGAGCCUCUUUGCGACCCGCUGAAGUUAUCGAAUCUCGAUGCCGAUAUUCUAACGCCUCUUGCGACAGGCUUAACAAAUCGAAAGCCCAAAAUUAAAAACGUCUUGCUUUUAACGCUCGAGAGUACUCGUAAAGACAUGUUUCCGUUGAAGAAGAAUAGCCAUGCUUACAACACCAUCUUAUCCUCCUACGCAUCAGCCAACGCAAGCCAGGAGCUAGACAGCAAGCUUCGGAAUAUCACCAGUGUGGCGAAAUUCCUUUCUGGCGAAUCCACUGGCUUCCAGGCUGAUGAUGACAAAGUGCCGGACGGGUCGUGGAGGCAUGCAUUCAAGGAUGGUUUCGGCAGUAUCAAUGUCCAGGGAGCUGUCACACAAGCAGCAUACACGCUCAAGAGUCUGCUUAGCAGUCACUGUGGUGUGGAGCCACUGCCAGUAGAUUUUACCGAGGAGACCCAAGGAUGGAUUUACCAGUCUUGCCUGCCGCAGGUUCUGGAAUCUUUGAGCACCCAUAUUCGCGAGGAGCACAAAGAGACAAGAGAUGAUGUCGAGGACCAUCUUACGUGGCCCUGGGAAUCUGCCAUGAUUCAAUCAGUCACAGACCAGUUUGAUUCUCAAGACUUGUUAGAUGAACAGAUGGGCUUCGAAAAUGUUAUUGCGGAACGUGUUCUCUCGGACCCGACGUCGAAGCACUACCCCCCAAAACAGCCUUGGGUGAACUACUUUGGAUAUCCCGAGACAGAGAGCCUCGAUUAUUUGAAGGAUAUGUUCGUCGAUGCCCGACAGCAGCAAAAACGAAUGUUCGUGUCACACCUGACAAGUUCCCCACAUCAUCCAUUCGCAACACCCAAAGAUUGGGCAGGGCAUACCGAGUACCUGAAAAAACAGCGAUGGCGCCCCGAGGACCCCUUGGAUGGAUACCUGAACACUAUCAAAUACCAGGAUGAUUGGAUCUCUGAUAUUUUCCAAAUGCUACACGAUGUUGGCGCACUCAACGAAACACUUGUUGUUAUGACUGGAGAUCACGGGCUGGCUUUCAACUCUUUGGACAAAUCGCAAUCUGCGGUCAACAACGGGCACAUCUCCAAUUUCGCCAUACCAUUUCUCUUAGUCCAUCCAGAUCUACCACGAAUACAGCUAAAGGCCUCGACAACGCCUUUGUCUAUCAUCCCAACUGUUCUCGACCUUCUACUGCAGACGGAGUCCCUUCCUAAAUCAGCCUCCGAGAAGGCCGAGGCGUUGUUACCUAAGUAUCAGGGCAAUUCGUUGAUCCGCAACCUAAACUACAGCGUCCUCACUGCAGACGGUGGUAUCGCAAAAACAUUUUUCCAGCCUUUCCAUUUCUCAGCCAUCAAUCCUGGUGGUUCGCUCUUGGCAAUUAGCGACGCAUCUACGACGUUCCGACUCAUACUUCCGCUCUGUUCAAGCAUUCCACUACGAUUCACUGAUAUCACCACGGAUCCCACUGAAGCAGAUCCGACGAUAGCGUGGACAAUGGAUGAGCUAGUGGCAAUCAUCAAGGUGAAGCACGGUGUCAAGGCUAAAGAGUGGGCAAAGCUGGCCCGGGCGCUUGGCCGUUGGUGGUUCUGGAACCAACACGAUAAAUGGGGCUAUUGGGGCAAUGCACGAAGCACUGGCAGAGGUGGUGCUGAAGUCGCAGGCGCAGGUCGCGUUAAGAAGAAGCAUUGGUGGGAGACUCGGAAGGUGUGAGCCUGCAAACGAAUUACACGUUCUCUACAAUACCCUAGAAUAGAGAAGAUAUAUAACCAUCUCUAAUAGAAAUAUCUGUCAUGAAAUUCGAGACCACAGGGUUUAUCUAGAUAGAAGAAAAAAAUGAGAAAGAAAGAAGUAUCUAUCUGGGUCGACCAUAUCCAGUGCAUACACAUUACUAUUCGGUAAGUAAGGUACUAGGUGUAUAGCCUAC